AUGCCGCCGAAGAGGGACGAGCCGGAGUCCGAUACGGACCCGGACACGGAAUCCGACACGAACUCGUUCACCGACUCCGACAACGACUCCCCGUUCGCCCCCACACCCGCGCCGCGCGCCACCAUCCGGGGCGGCGCCGAGGUCCUCGACGUCAAGGACCACGGGCUCCACGCGGGCGGCCGGCACGCGGCGCUCAACGACGAGCAGCUCCAGAGCAAGCUCAGGUCCGCGCAGGAGCGCCUCGAGGGCCUCGACAAGCACGUCCUCAGCCUCAAGGAGAAGGCCGAGCAGCAGGACGCCAUCGCGAGGGGCAAGCUCCCGCCCGAGCAGACCGCCGCGUACGCCGCGAGGGUCAAGGAGUUGGAGGCGAAGCGAAGGCACCUGCUGAAGAUGCAGAUGGAGCAGAACGAGAACCUGCAGGCGGUCGCCACCAAGAACGGCACCCUCAACCAGCACCGCCACGGCGGUACCCCGCGCGCGGACAAGGAGGCCAAGCGACGGGAGAUGAUCGAGCGCGUGCAGCGCGAGGCUGAGGCGGCGACGGCGCGGCUCGGAGCGCUCCGCGGCGGGUCCAAGCUACCCGAGGCUGAGGAGGCGCACAGGCGCGCGUUGGAGGCGUCCAUACGCGCGGAGGCGGAGUCCCGCGCCGCGGAGGAACAGCGUCAGCUCGCGGGCCGGCGUGGGGAACGAGAGGAUCCCAUGGGCGUCCUCGGGGACGAACGCGUUGGGCGGGGCGUCGACGCGCCGCGGGCCAAUCAGCGAAUGAAUCAGCCCGUGCGUCAGAGCGUGGACCGCGACGACUGGGACAGGGACAGGGACAGGGACAGGGACAGGGACAGGGACAGGGACAGGCGCGACGACUGGGGCGCGCACCACGACCCGCACGAGACCCCGAGGGGUGCGCACCCGCCCAACGGGCCGUGGGGCACGCCCGGCGGGUACCCCCCCGGUCCGAUGGGGCCGGGGGGCGGGUAUCCCGGGUACCCGCCUCCGUACGGGGGCUACCCCGGCGGGCCUUACGGGAUGCCUCCGUACAACCCGUACGGCAUGCACAACCCCAUGGACCCGUACGGGAUGAUGGGUGGGCACCACGGCGGGCGGGGGCGCACGCCGGAUAGGCGGGCGCAGACUCCGGACUACGCGUCCAGCCUGCGACGGCAGGUGAAGGAGCUUCAGGAGCAGUUGGGAGACAUGCUCACCGCGGUGAAGAAGACGGCGGCGGCGGGCGGGUCCGGGGGUGCGGGUAAGGGCGGAGUUCAUGAGAUGCCGGAACUGCCCAAGGAGGUGGCCAACGACAAGGACAUCAAGCAGCUGUACGAGGCGCACCUGAAGGAGAUGCUCAAGCUGCAGCUGGAAAUUGGGAGGGAGUCGAGGGUCGUGGAACUCGAGCGGCUGAGAACCGAGAUGCUCCAACUGAAGGACGGGAUCGUCCCCGGACAGCAGCAGCAGCAGCAGCAGCAGCAGCAGCAGCAGCAGCCGCCUCAGCAGCAGUACUACCAGCAACCGCCGCCGUGGCAGCCGCAGCCGUGGCAGCAGCAGCAGCCCGCGCCUUGGCAGCAACAGCAGCAGCACGGCUACCCUCCCCAGCAGAUGCGCGCGUCGCAGGACCAGAUGUUCCCGGCGCCCGACGCCUCGGAGCACAUGGCGAUGGAGCAGGAUAUGGAGGGACGCGGUCCCGGGGUGCCCAUCCGCGUCUCCGAGACCCCAGGGUUCGACCCCGUGGACGGGACGCCGGCCCCCGAGGCCCCGCCGUCGGGCCAGUCCAAGCGCACGGCCAAGUCAAAAAAAUCCUCCGUCGGCAAAGAGAAACGCGCGCUCACGCCCGUGGAGGAGGGCAAGGAGGACGCGAAGUCCGACUACUCGAUCACCUCCGGAAGCGAGUACAGCGACUCGUACAGCGACAGCGACGACUCCUACUACAGCGACGACAGCGAAGCGAGGGACAGGAACCGGCAAGGCUUGGGCCGCGAUCAGCCCAAGUACGUCAUCCGCGUCAUGCUCGAGGGCGCGGGUCCCAUGGACCUCAAGAACGCCCCCGCGAGGAUCGUGGCGGCCGCGUACGAGGGAUACGAACCGGCGCGGGACGCUUCCGGCGCCCCGGUUCGCUCGCGUGGGCCGUUACUGGAGCCGUCGAGUCACGACAGGGGCGGCGCGGCGCGGUACAAGUGGCGCGCGAGAAUCGCGCUUCGCGGCAUCAACGUCACCGCCGCGACAAAACUCGUGCUCGAGCUUCACGCGGCGCAGCCCGCCAAGGGCAUGGGCGCGGAUAUCUACGGUCACGAGGCUGUCGUGGGACCCGAGGAGGUUGUCGCGUGGGCGCACAUCCCCGUGCUCGGCCCCGAGGGCGUGCCGCUCUCCGGCUUGCAAGUUUCGCCGCUGCUGCAGCUGCCGCUGAUGCUCAGCGCCGACCGCACCAUGCGCAUCGAGGGGAGCAAGGUGGAGGUGCGCGUGUGGGUCGAGGAGGAGAACUACGACAAGGAUCCGACGCCGCCCGGUACACCCAUGGUGGCGGGUGCCAUCGUGGCUGGCGCGCCGAGGGGUAUAUCCGCCGGGAUUGGCGGCGACGGCGCUCCCUCGUGGCUCGGCGGCGGCGGCGCCACGGCGCUGGAGAACGAAGCCAACAAGAAGGAGGACAUCCCGGGCGUGCCCAGGCGCGCUUGGAGGGAGGUGCGGCACAUCGGCGCCGGGAAAGGCGAGCCGUACCAGCCCGGCGACGGUUUGGUCCUGUGCGUGGAUGCCGCGAGGUUCCUGCCUCCCAACGUCACGAUAACGCGAAUCGUCGGCCGAGUCAUCUCCGCCGCGGGUGAACCUCUGGCGCCCGAGUUUGUCAUCCACGCCAGGCUGGAUUCGCUCGCGUUCUCGCCGAGGUAUCACGCCAGACAACGGUUCGCGACGGGUCGGUGGAACAACGCCACGGCGCACGCGCUUCUGCAGCUGGAGACGAUCGAGAAGGGAACCAGUCAGCAGAGAACGGUUGGUUACGUCGUGUUCCCGUUCUUCAUCGAUCCGGAGACCGGUGAGCCGCCUCAGUCGACCGGCGCCAAGGGCUACAGGCUGCGGGAGGGCGGCUACCAGUGCCAGGUGUACGCCGCGAGCGAGGGCGCGGGCAGCGGUUUCGACCUCAGGGAGGUCGUCUCCCGCCCCAAGAUUCCCUGUGCCUCGGUGCUCAUCCGAAACCUCGUCGCGACGCGCGCGGAUAUGCCCGCGAACAAGGCGGUCCCGCAGUACGAGGACGGCGCGUACGACAGCAGCUCGAUGUACCCGACCGCCGUGGAGCGCAGGCUCUACGCGCACAGGCUCGCCAAUCCCGGUCCACCCGUGCGGGAGGUGAUGCUGGACCUGGCGAGGCUGACGUUUUCACCCAGCGUCCUGGCCGGGAUGACCGAGCCCGACUUGGAGCGAUGGAUGGCGAAGCGCCUGGAGAGGCCGCAGUUUGCGAACGACCGACCGCUCAACUACAGGAGGUCGGACGUCUACGCCGCCGAGCUGGGCUUCCACGUGGCGAUCGACGGCGCGUCCAGGCUGACCAAGACGGCGUUUCACGUCGCCGUGCAGUCGCUCUUCCCGCCGGGUACUUUCUACGCCAACAAGGCGUCCGACGACGUGGUGUUCACGCAGCAACCGGACAUGGCGUCCUCGCUGGACGCGCCCGUGUGGAGGGACGGGUUCCAGUCCAGGCAGCACGUCAUGCACGAGCCGAACAUGGUGGUGGUCAUCGACGUCAGGGCGCUCUCGGGUCGAACGGCGCAGCCGCAGGGGUGGACGCUCCUGCCGGUUUUCGAGGAGGGCACCGAGUACCUCGCCUCGGGGGCGUUUCAGCUGCCGCUGUUUCAGGGUCCGGUGCAGCUGCCGCUGCUGCAGGAUCUGGUCAAGUCGCAGGCGGAGGGGAAAGGGGUCGUGGACACGAUCAGCGGCUGGCUGGACUCCAAGAAGGUCAAAUUCACCCCCGACAAGGCUUCCGUGUUUGUCAGGCUUCUGGAGGACCAGCGGCUGGGGAUGCUCCCGGAGCCCGCGGGGCCCAACACCUCGGGCGUCACGUUCCCGCCUUACGUGGGCGAGAAGCUCGAGCCCGCGUUCCUCAAGAAGGCUGCCGGGAAACCCUACGCCAAGGCUAUCCCGAGGGGGUCCACGUCGGAGGAGUGGGUCACGGAGAACAACGCCCUGAUGGCGGCGGCGAUGGGUCUGCCGUUCCACAGGGGCGCCGCCGGGUUUGGCGCCGGCGGGGACGAGCUCUCGGACGACGACUACUCGGACGUUUACACGCAGCAGACGGGAGACUACACGCAGGCUUCGUAG